AUGAGCCAAUCACAUGUCUAUCCUUACAAAGCCACAUCGACCCGCCUGUCUGGACCAAUUAAAGCGAAGCUUGGACGCUGCUUAGUCACGUCUCGAUUCCCCUCGCACCCGUCAAAUUCUCGCGCGUCAAGACUGGGCGGCUGCUUUUCUCUUCUCUCUUUCACGAACCUCGAUGUUGCUGCCGAUGAGCGCCUGCAUUUUUUUUGGUGCAAAGCGCGCUGA